AUUGCUGAUGGCAUACGAUCUGUCCAGAGAAUCCAUAUUAACUCUCCCUCUAGACUCUGUAGAUGUGUACUGCUACAGGGUCCACUGGCCUACUUCCACAGAAGAGAACGUCAUUAAGUCAUUACGAGCCUGUACCGUAUUGAUGGUGCUUUACAGUUAUGCAGCACCAGGGUGGAGUAGGGCCCCCUUCGCAGAGAGGGGUCCCAGGACUGACCAUGGGUGCAGUAGGGCCCCCUUCACAGAGAGGGGUCCCAGGACAUACCAAGAGUGGAGAAGGACCCCCUUCACAGAGAGGUCCCAGGACAUGCCAAGGGUGGAGUAGGACCCCCUUCACAGAGAGGGGUCCCAGGACAGACCACGGGUAGAGUAGGACCCCCUUCACAGAGAGUUCCCAGGACAUACCAGGGGGACCCUCAAACACCACUAUGGGACUGCUGUCCCAUAGUGGUGUUUGAGGGCCCCGCUGGUACAGGUACAGGUAGACUGAUGUUCACUAGCUCAGUAUACUGGUGCCCUAGUACAUCAAAGGAGAAGACCCAUGUUCAGAUUAUUAUAAUUGACACCUGUGAAAGCACAACAUUUGACCAUUCAUUUCACUUGUGAAUGAAUCCGAUGUAGACCCAGGGGAAGGGGGCCUGUUUGUUUUAUGUUAAUUUGACUAUCUGUUGGCUUUGAAAGAGAACGUCAUAGGUGUGUGGAUAAAGGUUUGUUGUACUACGUUACCCAGGAGUCUUAGCGCCAGGUGGAUUCAGGAAGUGCACAACGUGAUAUAAGAGCUGAGCGUGUACAUGUGUUGGGGCCGCUUAAGUAAUAGAAAAAAAGAGUUCUCGGAGGUAAACAUGCUGCUGCGCCCUGUUUGUCAUAUACAACGAACAGGCAUAACAUUAGAAAACGACCAACGGUUGGCCGUGGGCUACGGUUGGACCUCCACCAGCGCACGCACCAGGUCCCGCUGAGCCGCUAACAACCCCCGCAUCUACAAGGUGGUGUUUUCUACUCCGGCCCCCUCCCCUCAUGGAUCUGAGGUCCGCUCUCCUGUGCGUCGGAGGGUCCGUGUGCUCCUUCAAACUGGUCCACACGCUGCUCGGAGGCCUGCAGGCGCCGCCCAGAGAGGGCCACCGAGCCUGGAGACAGCGCAACAUCGGCACGUCGCUGGCUCACAGCUCGCUGUCAGGAGCAUGGGCUGCGCUGUGCUUCUGGUGCCAUCCUCAGAUGGCCGAAGACCUGAUCUCCACUCACACCAGGUUCUCCUUCAGCCUGGUCACCCUGUCUACAGGUUAUUUCAUCUAUGACGCCCUGGAUCUGCUCCUUAACCAGUCGUUCAAGCGGUCAUGGGAGGUCCUCCUCCACCACGCAGUGGUUGUUUCCUGCUUCAGCCUGGCCAUCAGCUCCCGCCUCUACGUGGGCUUUGCUGUCCUGUCUCUGCUGGUGGAGAUCAACACUGUGUUCCUCCACAUCAGGCAGCUCAUGCUCCUGUCUGGCUGGCGGAACCGGCCAGCAGGAGGCAGCGCCCCCACCACCGACCCUCCCCGGCCCACGCCUGCUUUCCGCCUGACCAGCCUCCUCAACCUCGCCACGUGGGUUCUUGGUGUUCCGGUUGUGUACACUGGGCUGGAUGACUCGGUGGCUGGCCGCACAAGCGGGGCAAAUUCCUCGGUUCGCCCACACGCUGGGAACGGUGGGCUUGGGCGGCAUCACUGUCAUGAACGUGGUUCUUCUCUAUCGGUUGCUCCGCGCGGAAGUGCUGACCGACACACGAACCUCCGGAAAGGACCACUAGAGGGCGCUGCUCAUGUGACGGAACCUCCGGCCUAUUUUCACUCAGACGACUCUCCCAAUGAAAUGCUCAUCGGUCACGUUCCACCAGCGUUUACAAUAGACUCUUGCUCUUGACCCAAUAACUUAAUUACCUCAAUUAAUAUUUACAAUUAAACUGCAGAAUUAUUGUGUGAAAUAGCUCUUUAUUUAUCAGAGUAACAUGCCCAUCAUGGGAUGUUUCCGAAAUAUUAAUAUCAUGAAAAUAAAGAAAGAAAAAAAAAGUUGAA